AUGAAAAAAAAUCAAAUAUUUUCUAAAAGUAUUAACAUCAUAAGAGAUCGUUAAUAAGAGUAUAAACCUUCCUAGCAUUCAGCAUCAAAAUCGAAAUAAGAAUCAGAUGAGGAGAAUGGAAAAAUGUAUUCCGCCUAAAUAAUGAAAAAGGAUAUCAGGAAAUAGGUAAUUAAAAUUCAGAACCAUGGUCAUCAAUAAUAUUCAGCCAACACAUAAUUGCAUCAAUAAUAACCAAAGAAGAAUGGUAUUUUGAAUAUUAGCAGAAAAGGUAUGUUGUUACCCUUCAUUGUAUUUUAGAUUAAUAAUAAUAACAUCCAAAAUCAAAAGGAUCAUUUCCAAUAUUCAUUAGAAAUAUAAGAGAAGGAUCCACUUAGAGUGAUUUAAAAUAAUUAAUAAAUGACGAUGCCAAUAUAUUGGGAGUCUAAGUAUAAUAAUCUAGUAAUUUAGAUUAAUGCUAAAUAAGCCACCAUCACAUUUUCGAAUUAAUAAUCUGCUGAUCAAGCAAUUGGUAUUUUCGUUUGAUUUAAUUUGCUUAGAACUUAUUAACAAUUAUAAAGAAAAAGGAUAUCAAAUGAGUGCUGUUCCAAACUAUUAACAAUCCGGAAAAGUCAUCGUAUUGGGAUAGUACUAAUCUGGAAGAGGAUUCAAAGAUGAGGGAAGACUUCGUAUGGAUGGCAAAGAAUCAAUUUUUGAUAGAUUACAAACAAAAUAAUCAUGAG